UUUGUUGUUUGUUUUUGUUUUUUGUAUUUAUUUGAAUCUUGUAAAAAGAGAGGUUUUUGUGUGGAAGUUACGAAAUAAAUGGUUUUCCCAAUUAUUCAGCCUACGGGUGUAAUGUAAUCAAGAGUGUAUGACAUAGCCGGCCGGUGAGGGCAAAAUCAUUAUUUCAGUUUUUGUAAAUUCGAAAGCAUUUUAAAUCAGUCUGCAACCCUGCCAAGAGUACAAAGGGAAUAAAAUAUGUUUGUCAAGCGUUUGUUUAUUUCCAUGGUGCGUUUAUUCCUUAGUUGGGAGGAGGAGAAAUACCCUAUAGCUGAAUACAUUAUUUGAUAACCUGGACCAUGGACGACCUAUCACCAUUUCCAUUGAGCCAACAAAGUUCGUCAAUGUUACUGGGACCAAAUGUCCCGAACAUUCCCGUAAAGGAGAUUUUAUUGAGGUUUAUGGAUCAACUAGACAAUUGUCUUGUCAAGAUAUAUCGAUUAAAUGUCGCUCCAAGUUGGGGAGAAAUCAAGGAGCUGCAAGUGUCGUUGAAAUACCUGAGGGGAGUAGUAGUUCCCUGGGAUUUAUACAAACUUUAUAUGAAAUCAAUCUUGGACUAUAUUGACAUUGUGAUGCAAUUUAUAGCUGGCUAUUAUAAUUAUUUGGACUUUCAAAAGCAAAUGCACCAUACGUCCGCAUUACUCUCAUCUGUUUCGGCACUUUUUCGAGAAGAAACGUGUUGUGGUAUAUUUCUACAAAGGGCGGCAACUAAAAUUUUUGAUUUGGUAUUAAUUGAUGACCAACCAAUAAUUCUAAAAAUCCAAUUGCUUUGUAUGUUGAAUGAUAUCAUAAUUAUUGCCAAUCUAGAUGUCCGGAUGAAAACGGGAAAUCAGAAAAUUGAAUAUUUGUACCGGUUAUUUGAUUGGCUCUCUACUUUAGGGGAAUAUCUAGCCCAAAUUACCGUGAUGAAAUUAAUAACUAAUAUAUUUGCAGAAAAUAUUAAGGGGCUCAAAUAUUGUCCAGUGCCUGGGCGUGAGGAGUUAGGACGAGAACUAAUUAAUAUUAAUAGAAGUAAUAUACAUAGUGAGGCAAGAAUAUGGCUCAAUAAAUUCAAUGAAAAUAGCAACCUAAUUUGUUCUUUUGCUUACGAAACAAUACAUGUAGGCAACAUAAAUUGUGAAUGUCCAAAUGAGGGCGAUUUCAAAUAUAUUGAUUUUAAUAUCAAAGAAAAACUUGUGAGUUUUUAUACCAAGAUUUCGGAGGAUAAUUGGAAUCGCGUAUUUAUUAUUGUAAAUCGUGUAGAUACAGUUGAAAUACAGAGGUCGAACUCCUUCAUCAUUCUGACUAUAGUGCAAACAAAUAAUGCUUACGUUAGCCAGAAUAUCUCCCUGCAAGCACAAUGGAAUAAUGUAGAUCCACCAAUGGAGAUAUUAUUAAUAAACACUGGUAUUAUGGAUAAAUUGAAGCUUAUUUUGGGGCAGAUAUUUGGAGACAAAUUUUUGUACUCUCAUGAAAGCGUGGAAGCACUGGAAAGGCGUUCUAUGGCAGUUGAAGAUUCAAUUUCAGAAGAGGAAGAUAACAAUAUUGAUAUGGCCCGUGAUCAUCCUCCUAUGUCAUUACAUGGCUCUCAUAAAAGCAUGGAAGCCUUGGAAAGGGGUUCAAGGGCAGUUGAAGAUUCGCUAUCGAAUACAAUCUUGGAUCAGGAGGAUAAAGAUAUUAAUAUGACCCAUGAUUAUCCUGUGUCGGCCCAUGGAUUUCAUGAACCCAUGGAAGCACUGGGAAAACUUUCUAGCGCAGUUUUGGAGCAUGGCUCUGAUGAAAGUAUAGAUGCACUGGAAAGAUUUUCUAGGGCAGUUGAAGAUUGUCCAUCGGAUACAAUCCCAAAUGAAGCGGAUGACGACUUUAACAAGGCCUCUGAUACUGAACCAGCAUCGGCUAAAUUAUCAACAACUGAAAUCCCAGAUUGGGCCGAAAGUGCAGAACUAGCGGGCGUUGGUCUUCAAAAGUCUUCUCGAGCAGCUAAUGAUAAUCCUCUAUUAGCGAAUGAAAUACCAUAUGGGGCAGGCGAUGUCUCUUAUGUGUCAAUGUCAGAUCUGGGGACUCUACAGUCAAAGUUGGCUACAAGUGCCAGUGCGCGGAGUUCCAUUAAAUUGUCAUCGGAUGAUACUGAGGGGAGUUCCAAUGAAUUGGAUGAAAACCAAACAGUUUUAUCACAGGUUCCUGAAGUCCAACAAUAUAGGCUACCUAGCCCGAAAAUAUCAGGAUCACAGAACAAUAUUAGACCUCUUUGUGAUAUAGUUGAACGUAAUUUUGUACCAGCUGAAUAUUCCACACCAGUUAAAAAGUCCUGGAUGGUUUAUCUUGACAGUUCCAGUGAAGAUGAUUUCAAGACAAGAGCAAAAAAAGAUCAAGCCAAACCAAAAACCAAGUUUGCUCCCAUCAAAAAACGCAAUCGUGUUAGACAAUUAGUUAACAGAGAGAGGGGUUUACACAAACCUAUGCCAGAUAACAAACCAUUGAGUUACAAGUGCAGCCGUGGCUUCGAAGACGAAGGCGAAAUGUCUAUUGAACAAGUCGAAUUGCAUAGUGACACUACAAACCAAAGCGAUCAGGAAGCAAACAAACCUCAAAAACCUGUAGAUUUUAAUCAAAUUGUUCUGGAUGAAAAUACUCCUACGGUUAAGGUGGAUGAAACAGAAAUACUUGGCAGAGAGGGAGUUUUACAUAAAUCCAUUCUAGAGAAGAAACCGUUGAGUUACAAUGGCAGCAGUGGCCUUGAAGACGAGAAAGAAAAUGCCAAAAUAUCUAUUGUACAAGUUGAAGUCCAUAGUAGCACUACUAAUCAAAGUGAUCAGGCAGCAAAAAGUUUUAUGGAUCAACAUCAAAAACGUAAAGAUUCUGAUCACAUUGUUCUCGAAGAAAAUGCUCCGACAAUUAACACGGAUCAGACAGAAAAUAACACGGAGAGAAAACUUUAUGAUUCAACAAAUAUUUUGGAAGAAACCAUGGAAGGAAAUCAUAAAUACAAAAAAUCUGAGUCUGCUUCUAUCAGCAAACGUAGUCGUGCUAGACAAUCAGUUAGAAGAGAGAGAGUGUUACACAAACCUAUGCAAAAGAAGAAACCAUUGAGUAACAAGAGCAGCAGUGGCCUUAAAAACGAGAGAGACAAAGCCAAAAUAUCUAUUCUAGAAGUUGAAGUCCAUAGUGACACUAGAAAUCAAAGUGCUCAGAAUCACAUUGUUAUGGAAGAAAAUGUUCAAACGGUUAACAUAAUUGAGACAGAAAAACCUAAUAGAGAGAGAGUUUUACAAAAACCUUUGCCAGAAAAGAAACCAUUUAGUUACAACGGCAGCAGUGGCCCUGAAGACGAGAGAGACAAAGCCAAAAUAUCUAUUACACAAGUUGAAGUCCAUAGUGACACUACAGAUCGAAGUAAUCUGAAUCUCAUUGUCAUGGAAGAAAAUGUUCAAACGGUCCACAUAAAUGAGACAAAAAAACUUAGCAGAGAGAGAGUUGUUUCAGACAAACCUAUACUAGAGAAGAAACCAUUGAGUUACGAGGGCAGAAGUGGCCUUGAACAUGAAAAAGAUGAAAUAUCUAUUGAACCAGUUGAAGUGCAUGUACAUACAAACAUCGCAAAUGAAAGUGAUCGGGAAGCAAAAGGUUCUAUAGAUGAACAUCAAAAAAGUGAAGCUUCUAAUCACAUUGCUCUGGACGAAAAAGCUCCGAUGAUUAACGUGAACAAAACAGAAAAUAACAAGUACUUACCCGACCUCAAAGCCAAAGAAAGCCAAUCGGCACCGGACCAUUCAAGUCUUAGAAAAACAAAGAGGAGGAAACUUUAUGAUCCAGCAGAUUUCUCUAAUUUGGAUGAAAUGGUGGAAGGAAAUCAAAAGUACAAAAAACCCAAGUCUGCUCCCAUGAGAAAACGCAGUCGUGUUAGACAAUUACGUAGCAGAGAUAUAGUUUUGGACAGACCUGUGCUAGAGAAGAAACCAUUGAGUUACAAUAACAUCAGUGGUUUUGAACAUAAGAAAGGCAAAGACGAAGUAUCUAUUGACCAAGUUGAAGUCCAUAUUAACACUUCAAAUCAAAGUGAUCAGAAUCACAUUAUUCUGAAAGAAAAUGUUCGAACGGUUAACGUAAAUGAAACAGAAAAAGUUAGCAGAGAAAGAGUUUUACACACACCUAUUUUAGAAAAGAAACCAUUGAGUAACAAGGACAGCAGUGGCUCUGAUCAUGAUGAAAAAGACAAAGACGAAAUAUUUAUUGAACCACCUAAAGUUCAUACAAACAGUGAAAGUAAAAGUGAUCGCGAAGCUAAAGGUUCUAUAGAUGAACAUCAAAAAGGUGAAGAUUCUAAUAACAUUGUUUCGGAAGAAAAUGCUCCGACGAUUACCGUGGACAAAACAGAAAAGUACAAAUACUUGCCCGACCUCAAGGCCAAAGAAAGCCAAUUGGCACCGGACCAUUCACGUCUUAGAGAAACAAAAAGGAAGAAACUUCAUGAUCCGGCGGAUUUCUCUUAUUUGGAUGAAAUGGUGGAAGGAAAUCAAAAAUACAAAAAACCUAAGUCUGCUCCCAUGAGAAAACGCAGUCGUGUGAGACAAUUACGUAGCAGAGAUAUAGUUUUCGACAAACCUAUGCUAGAGAAGAACAUCAGUGGUUUUGAACAUAAGAAAGGCAAAGACGAAGUAUCUAUUGACCAAGUUGAAGUCAAUAUUAACACUUUAAAUCAAAGUGAUCAGAAUCGCAUUAUUCUGAAAGAAAAUGUUCAAGCGGUUAACGUAAAUGAAACAGAAAAACUUAGCAGAGAAAGAGUUUUACACAAACCUAUUCUAGAAAAGAAAUCAUUGAGUAACAAGGACAGCAGUGGCUCUGAUCAUGAUAAAGACAAAGACGAGAUAUCCAUUGAACCAGUUGAGGUGCAUACAAACAUUGAAAAUAAAAGUGAUCGCGAAGCAAAAGGUUCUAUAGAUGAACGUCAAAAACGUGAAGAUUCCAAUCACAUUGUUUUGGAAGAAAAUGCUCUGAUGAUGAAUGUGGACAAAACAGUAAAUAACAAGUACUUUCCCGAUCUUAAGGCCAAAGAAAGCCAACCGGCAUCGGACCCUUCAAGUCUUAGAAAAACAAACAGGAGGAAACUUAAUGGUCCAGCGGAUUUCUCUUAUUUGGAUGAAAUGGUGGAAGGAAAUCGAAAAUACAAAAAACCCAAGUCUGCUUCUAUCACAAAACGUAGUCGUGUCAGAGAUAUAAUUUCAAACAAACCUGUGAUAGAGAAGAAACCAUUGAGUUACAAGGACAGCAGUGACUCUGAUCAUGAGGAAGACAAAGACGAAAUAUCUAUUGAACCAGCCAAAGUGCAUACAAACUUUGCUAAUCAAAGUGAUCAAGAAGCCAAAGGUUCUAUAGAUGAACAUCAAAAACGUGAAGAUUCUAAUCACAUUGUUUUAGAAGAAAAUGCUCUGACGAUUAACAUGGACAAAAUAGAAAAUAACAAGUACUUGUCCGACAUCAAGGCCAAAGAAAGCCAAUCGGCACGGGACCAUGCAAGUCUUAGAAAAACAAACAGGAGGAAACUUUAUGAUCCGACUGAUUUUUCUUAUUUGGAUGAGAUGAUGGAAGAAGUAAACCGAGACUUUAAAUCAAAGCGAAGUGAGAGGCGACAAUCUGCGAAGAAACGAAAAGGCUUUGAUGUGAGUCCCAAUAUCAUAGGGCUGAGAAAAAGGGUUUUUGACGAACUGAGUCCUAUUAGAUCCUUGGCAAACACUACUAGAAGACACACAAGGCACAGACAUAGAGGAUUUGAUAUAAAUCGGACUAUUAUAACUGAGGGAAUAACGUUUUUUGAAGGUGUGGGCGAUUCUUUCAACUUUAACCUGUUUGAAGAAGUAUCACCUGUUAAAAGGCAGCGAAGAAGUUAUGAGAAAUCACUUAGAUCAGCAUCGAAGAAGACUCCUACUCCUAAGAAAAAACGUCAAAGUAAAAUCAAAGAAAUCAAUACUCAAUCAGUCAAGCAUGAAUCGUGGGAUCACAUUGUUAAACCAGUUGAUAUUGAUGUUGAAUCAGAAAACAAUCGAAACGGAACGCUACAUGAUGCUCCUGAGGAAAUUUAUGCUAAGACAAAGCAAAAGCGCAUCAAUAUUCAGCAGAAUGUUUUGCUGGUACCCGCGAAACGUCCUGCAAUGGAAAAUGCUGAAAACCAGUUAGUCAAGGAUACUAAAGUUACUAAUGAAGAAAAAAAAUAUGUAACCUUCUCAUUCCAACAAGAUGAAUUAACAGAAUUUAUAGAGGGGAUAGAAGGUGCAAAAAUAUGUUGUAAUAAAAUCGAAGCCUUUCUAACAAAGCUAUAUAAAAAGAAAUUAUUGUAAAGUUCCUGUUCCUGUUAUUAGUACAAUACGAGCAUAGUAAUUAUUGUUGAUCAACCGAAAAAAAAAAAUAUGUUUUGGUUCUCUAUUUAUUUAUUUUUUUCCAAUGUUAAUUUUAGAUCAUAAUUUAUUAUUUAUAGUUGAUGUUAUUUAAUAUAUCUGUUCCCACAUGAA